AGGCGGGACUGAGAGCCUGCCGCGGAUCGCUGGGCGGGCGCCGCAAUCGCCAGUUGCAAACCUCCCGCCCGGCGGCAAAGACCCGGUCCACCCCGGCGCGGGCAGCGCUCUGGGGCCAUGGACAUAGCCUCAGGCCGGAGGUAAGGAGGCCCGGAGGGAUCCCGGAUCCGCCGGCCUGGGAAUUUCCGUCCUCUCUGCCAAGUCCGGAUGCCCCCGCCAAAGUCUCAGCAGCAAGCCUCAGAGGGAGGGAGCCGUCAGCCAGGCGCAACUGAGAACAACAGCACCAUGACCACCACCAGUCACCAGCCUCAAGACAGAUACAAAGCUGUCUGGCUUAUCUUCUUCAUGCUGGGCUUGGGGACACUGCUCCCCUGGAAUUUUUUCAUGACAGCCACUAAGUAUUUCACAAACCGCCUGGACAUGUCUCAGAAUGUGUCCUUGAAUGCUGCUGUAUUGAGCAAGGACAUACAGGACCCAGCUGUCCCCACAGCACCCUUACCAGAACACAGGUCUCUCAGUGCCAUCUUCAACAAUGUCAUGACCUUGUGUGCCAUGCUGCCACUGCUGCUCUUCUCUUGCCUUAACUCCUUCUUGCAUCAGAGGAUCCCCCAGUCUGUACGGAUCCUAGGCAGCCUAGUGGCCAUCCUGCUGGUAUUCCUGGUCACUGCCAUCCUGGUGAAGGUGCAGCUGGAUGCUCUGCCCUUCUUCGUCUUCACCAUGAUCAAGAUCAUACUCAUUAAUUCAUUUGGCGCCAUCCUGCAGGGCAGCCUGUUCGGUCUGGCUGGCCUCCUGCCCGCCAACUACACAGCCCCCAUCAUGAGUGGCCAGGGCCUGGCAGGCCUCUUCGCCUCAGUGGCCAUGAUCUGCGCCAUUGCCAGUGGCUCAGAGCUGUCAGAAAGUGCCUUUGGCUAUUUUAUCACAGCCUGUGUGGUUGUCAUUUUGGCCAUCAUCUGUUACCUGGGUCUGCCCAGGCUGGAGUUCUACCGCUACUACCAGCAGCUCAAGCUUGAGGGGCCUGGGGAGCAGGAAACCAAGUUGGACCUCAUCAGUAAAGAUUCUUCUACAACCUGUCACCUGCCAGGAGAGGAGCCAAGAGCGAGCAAAGAGGAGUCCGGGGUCUCAACCCCCAAUUCUCAGGCUACCAGCAGAAACCCCUCUAUUAGAGCCAUCCUCAAAAAUAUCUCAGUCCUGGCCCUCUCUGUCUGCUUCAACUUCACGGUCACCAUUGGAUUAUUCCCUGCUGUGACUGCUGAGGUCAAAUCCAGCAUCGCAGGCACCAGCGCCUGGGGAGAUUACUUCAUUCCUGUGUCCUGUUUCUUGACUUUUAAUAUCUUUGACUGGUUGGGCCGGAGCCUCACAGCUGUUUUCAUGUGGCCUGGGAAGGACAGCUGCUGGCUGCCGAGCCUGGUGGUGGCGCGGCUGGUGUUUGUGCCGCUGCUACUGCUGUGUAACGUCCAUCCCCGUCGCUACUUGGCUGUGGUCUUCAAGCAUGAUGCCUGGUACAUCUUCUUCAUGGCCGCCUUCGCCUUCUCCAACGGCUACCUCGCCAGCCUCUGCAUGUGCUUCGGGCCCAAGAAAGUAAAGCCGGCCGAGGCGGAGACCGCGGGAGCCAUCAUGACCUUCUUUUUGAGUCUGGGCCUGGCACUGGGGGCUGUCCUCUCCUUCCUGCUUCGGGCAAUUGUGUGACCAUGGAUGGACAGAAGGACUGCACUGCUGACCUGCCCCCUGCCCCUUUUGCCAAGAAUGAGCAGGGUAGUCUGAAGGUUUUCUCUUCUUUUAAAGCCAACUUCUGCUUUCUUAUGCCCUGUGUGGGGCCUGGAUGUCCAGGCCCUGGGGAGGGAGCCUCUGAUGGACACUGAGAACACUGGGCUUGAGGGUCAGACAGGAGGGGCAUGGCCUCUGACUGAUGGCUGACUGGUCCCUGCAAGGCAGGUGAGGCUCCUGGGCUCAGAGAGCGUGUAUAAGUGUUUUGUUUCUGUCUGCCUACACCAGGGGUGGCUGGGGGGCCAGGACUGACCGUUGUAUGGUCUGAUCUGAUAUUUCCCCUCCCUCCUUUCUCCCUGCCCCUUUCCCCUGCCCUUCACCCAUCCCUACCCAUCAUACACACUAUAUUAGAUGCUAUUUUACUGCCUUUUUUUAAUAUAUUCAACAGAAACAGGUGCCUUCAGAGGCUCUCUGAUUAAAUUUUAAAAAAAUUU